UACGACAGACCACAGGUGUUUUUAAUUGCAGGACGUCCAGUAAUGAAGAGCGUGACAACAUAACUAAACGGCCCCGUUUGACCGUGAAUAAGAGCUUUGAAAUUAAGCUUUAUAUGUUUUUUACGGAAAAAAAUAGCACAAAAAUGACUUUAAACGACUGUCAGUUGGCUGUUAUCCUCUUGCUGCUUCUUGGCUUCACGCACCACCAAGUAACAGGAAUCUGCGACGUGGAGAUUUGCGCCACCAACCCAGAAAGGUGCGUCCUGUCUAAAGACGAGAGCACCUGCAAGUGUGUGGAAGGAUUUUAUGAUGACAAUUGUGGCAAAGAUGCACACAUCAAAGUCUUGUGCACUAAGACGUACAUGGGAGUCAGAGCACGCGAAGAAUUCUUCAUGUAUUACAACACGCCGGUCACGUCUUUGCACCUGCCCAAUAGGUCAUGCAAAGCAUACAGGGAGGUAAUCAACAAAGUUCCGUACUACAUGGUCAAGGUAGCAAAAAAUGAAUACAUCGGAUGUGGAGGCAAAUCGCUUGAGAAAAACUUCACUCAUGUCACAUACACCCUGAGUCUUCAAUCAGAGCCUCAGGCCAUUGGAAACAUCAUCAGAGAUCCUGUCAUCAAACUGGAUUUCACAUGCAUCUUUCCAUUCAUCAGAACAGUCAGCCUGCCUUUUCCAGUUGAACCCAUUUCCAGUGAGGCGAUGGUGCGUGUCGAUGAGCUAGAUGCGACCAUACAGAUGAUGUUGUACACGGAUCAUAGCUACACUACAGCUUUCAGCAGUGCCCCCACUGUUGAGCUAGGGGAUCAGGUGUAUGUUGAGAUCACCGUGACGGAGCCUGCAGACUUUUUCCUCCUUCGCAUCAAUGACUGCUGGGCCACACAGAGUCAGCAAGCCAAUGCCUCGGAGGGAUUGGUUCACAGCCUGCUUUUGAAUGGGUGUGCGACCGAUGACACAGUUGCCUUCCACAGCCUGAGCGAGGGAGAGUCUGGCCUUAAUGGGCAGAGCUCCACCAUUCACUACAGCUUCGCCAUGUUCCGAGGCCUGCUCCGGCAGCCCCAAACUCCAAAUAGGAGGACGCCGCCGCCCGCAGCCCCGGCGACCUCUAUCCAGCUGUGCGAUGUGUGA